CUUUUUAGGGAGAAAGUUUGACAGAUGAUAUACUUUAGGGGCCUAAAUUGUAUUUAACCCUUCUUAUUUUAUAGCAUAUAAAUUUGUAAAGUAUUAUUUAACUAAAGUACGCCACCGCCGACCACGCGCCACCGCCCCCGCCGGAAAAAAUUCCCCGCAGCAUACAUGAAACGAGGCGCGCGCACCCAAAUCUUCAAUCAUCACUCAACGAAAUCAGUUCUCCGAAACCUGAGAUCGCUCGUCUCGUUGUCCACUCGAAAUUUCCUCUCCGCCGCAUUCAGCCCAGGUCAAAACUCCGACUCAGUAGAAACCAACGGUGGCGAACGAUUUUCAGGUAUAAUCGAAGACAAAGACCUUCUGAGAAAAAAUCCCAAUGGAAAUCUUCUCGUUCUCGACCUCAUCGACGGCGGCAGAAUGGAACCGGGUUCGAGGUUGUAUACAGAGCUCUUCAAGAAGUGUACUGAACUGGGCAAGCUCAAAGAGGGUCAGAUGGCUCACGCCCAUUUCCUGGCGUCGAGAUUUCAGCAUUACGUUUCUCUGCAAUGCACCGUUGUGAACAUGUACGCGAAAUGUGGGGAUAUGGAGCUGGCACGCAAGGCGUUCGACGAAAUGCCUGAACGGGAUAUGGUUUCUUAUACUAUGUUGAUCACUGGGUAUUCGCAGAGUAACGGGUUCAAGGAGGCGUUGGAUUUGUAUGUAGAGAUGUUGAAGAUGGGAUUGCAGCCGAAUGAGUUUACUUUCGGCAGUGCCCUCAAGUGUGCCGGGGGUAUGCAGAGUGAUGCGAUGGGUAGGGUGAUUCAUGGGACUUGUCUGAAAUGUGGAUACGAUAAUAACGUAUAUGUUGGGAGUGCAUUGGUGGAUAUGUACACGAGGUGUAAGAGAAUAGAUGAUGCAAAGGCCAUAUUCAAUGGGCUCGAGUGCAAGAAUGAAGUUUCGUGGAACGCUCUAAUUGCAGCAUAUGCUAGGGAAGGAGAAGGGCACAACGCAGUGGAGCUCUUCUCGGAGAUGAAACGGGUAGGUUUUAACCCGACCCAUUUCACGUAUUCGAGUAUUUUCGCAGCCUGUGCUAGUAACGGGGCUUUGGAACAAGGGAAAUGGGUGCACGCAGAUAUGUUGAAAUCGGGACAAAAACUCGUUGCUUUUGUAGGCAACACUCUUCUUGAUAUGUAUGGUAAAGCAGGAAGCAUUGAUGAUGCAAAGAAAGUUUUCGAUCGAUUAGUGAAGAAGGAUAUCGUUUCGUGGAACUCAAUGCUUACUUCGUACGCACAGCAUGGACUCGGUGAAAAAGCCGUUGACCUAUUCGAAGAAAUGCGUGGUUUUGGUUUUCAGCCAAACAAGAUCACUUUCCUUUGUGUACUCAAUGCAUGCAGUCACAGUGGGCUUUUAGACAGAGGGUUAUAUUACUUUGAGCUGUUGAGGAAAUAUAAGUUGGAGCCAGAUAUUACGCAUUACGUGACGGUAGUCGAUCUACUCGGUCGAGCAGGGCAACUCGAUCGUGCGCAGACGUUUAUAAGUGAAAUGACCAUUUUACCCACGGCAGCCGUUUGGAAAGCCUUGCUUGGAGCUUGUCGGAUGCACAAGAAUAUGGAAUUGGGUGCUUAUGCAGCUGAGCGAGUUUUCGAACUCGACCCACACGAUUCUGGGCCCCACAUGCUUCUCUCUAAUAUGUAUGCAUCUGCUGGUAGGUUGAGCGACGCUGCGAGAGUGAGAAAGAUGAUGAAUGAAAACGGGGUUAAGAAAGAACCCGCGUGUAGUUGGGUUGAGAUAGGGAACUCCGUGCAUGUGUUUGUGGCGAAUGACGAAAAUCACCCUCAGAGAGAGGAGAUUCGAAGAAAGUGGGAGGAGAUUAGAGAUGGGAUCGAGAAGAUUGGGUAUGUUCCCGAUACGAGCCAUGUGCUUUGGUUUCUUGACGAGAGAGAGAGAGGAGAGCGACUGCAGUACCACAGCGAGAAACUGGCGCUUGCGUUUGCGAUUCUCAAUACUGCAGCGGGGACCACAAUCUCGAUAAAGAAGAACAUUAGGGUUUGCGGCGAUUGCCAUUCCGCGUUCCGGUUCGUGUCCCGGUUGGUUGGUCAAGAAAUUGUAUUGAGAGAUACGAACAGGUUUCAUCAUUUUCGGAGUGGUUCUUGCUCUUGUAGAGAUUAUUGGUAGGUAGCUGAAAGCAGAUGAUUAUAAAUGAUAUGUGAAGAUCGGUUGUCAAAUGUCGUUUGUUUGGGAUGAGUUCGGCGAAAGGAAGGUACUCGGAGCUCGAAUAUGCUAACAUCCGCGAUGCGAUUCUUGCCUGCUGUUUCAACGUCAUCGGAUAAAAAGGUUAGAAAGAUACAUUUCUUCACCUUAUGUUUUAAUUUGAGGCAUUGAAGACAUGUCUAGGGCUAAAGCUAUAGAUUGAGCAAGUGAUAGAUGAGACAUUUCUAGGGACGCAGAUUCCGAAUUCCGAUCCAACAUUUUCCUAUUUUGGAACAACAUACUUUUCAUUCCGAAUUUCUAAAGUUCCGAAGUUUCUUUUUUGGAACGAAAUUGGAAUACAUAUUAGCUUCCGAUUUUCGAUCCGGUUUAAAUUUUCAAAAAUGUUUCGGAUUUUUUUUCAAAAUCUGCACUUGUAACAUUAAUAUUACUAUGUAUUCUUUAUUACAUGCGACCAAGAAAAUCGCAGUUCCCGGAUUCCGCCAAAUCAAAUCUUAACUUUCCGAUUUUGGACCAAGUUUUGUCAUUCCAAUUUUGCAAAAAUUCCGAUUUUUUACCCCAUGUUUUCUUUGAAACGGAAUUGGAAUUAAUUUUUCACUUCCGAAAAGAAUUGGGGGAAAUGUUGGUAAAGUCUAAUUUCGAUCUGGUCCGUCCGAUUUCCACCCUCAGAUAUCUCUCUCUCUCAAUUGGCAAGAAACUAACAUAGGACCACUUGGGCCACUUUCUUACUAAUUUACAUAAAGCCCACAAAAAGAAUUGCAAUCAUUAGGCCCAAAAUUUUGAAACACACAAACUCAUGUGCAAGGGUAUUUUGGGGAAGAAGUGAAAAAUAAUAGCCUGAACAGAGGAAAGUAAAGAGAAGACUUUAUAUACGAAAGAAGGAGAAGAAGCCACGUCGACUUUGACACCACUUAAGCAUUAAAACCUCGUACCCUUGCCGACAAGUACACCCCUUGUACACUCAUUUCUUAUCUACUUACUCACAAUUCUCUUA